UUGAAACAGAUUGUAGCGCUCUCCGGGUCGCAAUGGCAACUGUCCCAACAGGACGGCGACACCAACUUUUUUCAUGUUUUUAAUGUUACGGAGGCACUAUACGUCGCGGAAGAAUCUACUUUCUAAUGUGAGAAAUAAACGUUACAGAAUUUCUUCAGCCCGAAAAUGUCCCAGGGAUGUACCGUUUCUGUGGAAGAGAUCCAGUCUUGGUGGGAAGUCCCCGCCAUAGCCCACUUCUGCUCGCUGUUCAGGACAGCAUUCAACCUUCCAGACUUUGAAAUAGAGGAGCUGGAGAAAGCCCUGUCAGAACAGGACUUGGAUUUCCUUGGGGAUCUCGUUGCCUGUCUGUUGCAGGGAUGCUACCAGCGCACUGACAUCACCCCCCAGGCAUUUAGCAGUUACCUGGACGACAUCAUCAGCUACCGCUGGGAGCUGGAAGAGGGGAAACCCAACCCACUUCGAGAGGGGCCCUUUGAGAGCUUACCCCCUCGCACUCAGGUGGAACUGCUGCACCGGCUGUGUGAUUACCGUCUGGAUGCUGCUGAUGUCUUUGACCUGCUUAAGGGCCUGGAUGCAGACAGCCUGAGGGUGGAACCCCUGGGGCAUGAUGGAAAUGGAGCCCUCUACUGGUACUUUUACGGCACUCGCAUGUACAAAGAAGAGCCAGUGACAAAGAAAGUAGGAAAACGCAGUGAUGAAACAACAGAACUAACAUUACCAGAGAAAAAGAAACGUGGAAGACCACCAAAGAAGAGAAAGCUGGAAGAUUCACCAAGUGAGGUGGAAAGUGAUGUGCCAGAGGUGAAGAUGGAACAUGAAUUGGAAGAUCUUCCCCCAACCACAGGCCGUAAGCGAGGCGCUUGGUCGCUGGUGUGUGAUACAGAGGAGCAGUGGCUCAGUCUGGCAGAAAGCAUCAAGGACAAAACCUCCCCACAGGAUCGCCACCUCUACCGUGUCAUUAGCCAAAACUUCCUGCCUGAGAUCAGCAACAUGAUUGAGCACAAGGAGCGUGAGCAGAAGCAGAAGCUGCUGGACCCAAACCCAGUUCGCGUUUCCCAGCGGUUCUUUCAAAAUCACAUAAAACACGAGGAGAGGGACAAUCUCAAGGCCGGAAUGGAGGAGGAGGAGGAGAAGAAAAAAGAUGAAGAGCUGGACAGGCAGGUCCUGCUGGCCGAGCAGAGACGAGAAGAGGAAAGGCUUCUGCAGGAAGAACGGCAGAGAGAGAAGCUAGAGAAGAUCAAAGCUGUGGAGGAGCGUGCAAAAAGGCGUAAGAUGCGAGAAGAAAAGGCCUGGCUGCUGUCUCAAGGAAAAGAUCUACCACCUGAACUCCUGAAUCUGGAGCCAUCCUCUCCCGUCCAGAGAACACGCAAGAAUAAAGAAUUCUAUGAAAUUGAUGAUGACUACACUGCUCUUUAUAAAGUGCUUGAAGCCCUGAAAGCCCACAAAGAUUCUUGGCCUUUCUUGGAGCCCGUUGACGACUCCUAUGCUCCCAAUUAUCAUGAGAUCAUCCAGACUCCUAUGGACCUAUCCACAAUUGAGAGAAAGCUCAAUAACGGGGAGUAUGUCGCUAAGGAGGAGUUUGUUUCCGACGUGAAGCUGAUGUUUGAAAACUGUGUCGAGUACAAUGGAGAAGACAGCGAAUACACUAUCAUGGCCGAGUCUCUGGAGCGUUGUUUUAGCCGAGCCUUAUUAAAACAUUUUCCAUCUGAGGAUGGUGACACGGACGAAGAGUUCCACAUCAGUCGAGAAGACAAGGAGCGCAAGGAAAGAAAACGCAACCGUAACAGCAAAGCUUUCGGGCCUGAAAGCUUGAUCAGGGCUACUGAGCAAGUACAACGUAAGCGAAGCUCACAAAAGGGCAAAAGUAGCGCAACUUCAGAGGAGGAUGCCAGGCUGGCACGGCUGCAUCCUCAUUGGGCUAACGGCCCCCCUCACCCGCACAGCUUGCCUCCAGGCCAGCAGCAUAUCCGGGAAGGAGAUAUCAGGGGGUUAUACCACCCAGGGCAACAGCUCCAUCAGCCUGGUCCCCCUGGGCCUCAUGGUCCACACAUGUAUGCCCAAAGAAUGGCCAUGGAUCCCCGCUUUGCCUACCAGGUUCACUUUUCUAGACAAGGAGACCCCAACUUAAACCAGUUGCCUCACAACUUUAACAUUCAGCAACGCAUGAUUGAGCCACACCACAUGGGGCCUAGGUAUCCAGUGGGUCCAGAUCCAAACCAGCAGCAGCACUCGUACAUGGGUCCGACUCAUGGCCCAUGCUUAGGACCACGUCCCAUGACCCUACAGCCUGGAGCUCCUCCUGAGGCCAGCAUCUACCCAUCCCACCACCGUCCAGAGGGCCACACUGUGCAUCCUAUGGGGAACAGGUUCUCAGGCCCGGAAGGAUCACCUCAGCACAACUACCCAGGCUUGAGACCUGCUGGCAUGCCACUACCUACUAUGUGGAGUGGUAUGAAUCAACAGGGGCAGGAGAGGCCCAGCGGCAUGUCUAUUCAAGACCCAAACAUGGUGAACCAGCGCAACUUUAGUUAUGGUGGAAUCCCCCCACCUGUGGGUCAUAAACCGUGGCCAGAAGCUGCCGGAUAUCCCAACCAUCCUUCCAAUGCCCAGUUUCAAAUGACUGCAGCAGCCAGCUCCCCUGGGCUCAUGUCUGCACGUCCCACUGUGCCCCACUCAGACUCCUCCGGCAGGACACGCUUGGCUUCCAUGCUGGAAAGCCCAGAGAUGCUGGCCCUGCAGCAGCUGUCAGCCUCUUCUGGACCCCCUGCUGGUGCCCCUCAUCAGCACACAGGCAACUUUCAGCAGCCUGGGCCCCCAUCAAGAAUUGGCAGCAUCCCAGCUCACCCCUCUCAACAGCUCCCCCCUGCCCCUGAGGUUCAGCUGCUGCAUCCUGCUAGAGACAAAGGCCCAGAUAGACAGCCUCCCCAGCAGACAAACUUGCACCCCAAAGGCACAGCGUCAGAGAACAAGAUGGCUGCCAGCAACAUUUCCGAAGAAGCUCCAUCACACAAAAACAUGUUUCCAGUUAACCAAGAGAGCCCAUCCAACCCUAGCCCCACAAGGCAAUACUGUGGGCUUGCGGAUAAAAUGCAGAGCCCCCCAGCCCCAACCUUGGCCAGGUCAGAAGAGAAUCCUUCUGGAUCAGCGGCCGCACAGAGUUCAGCUGAAAGCCAGUUGGAUAGUCGGGGACACUCUGCCAGUGAAAGUAAUGGUACCAUUCCUGUUUCAUCCCAUCCCAACUCGAGUAACACUGAUCCUGCUCUACACAAUCCCCCACAGCUUAAACCAAACAGUCCACAGCCAAAUGUUCCAAGCCUUGCACUUCUUCCUCAGAACUUCCCACCACUGGAUGUUGCAGCAGCUCAGAAUUCCACUCGGCAAAUGCCAGACAACUUAAAACUCGCAGAUGGUGUAAAUCAGGAAGGCAAACCCCAGCAAGCCAUUCAAAAACAUGAGCAACCUGAGGCGGGCAGCACCUCUCCUGAAAGCCACCCUCAGAGCUCUCCUCAGCCACUGAACCAGAACACACAGCAACACCAUUCUCUGCUAACCUCUCAUCAUGUCCCCCAAAGCAUCUCACCACACUGCACUACACAAAGCAGUCCCAUGCAUGGGAUGCCACACGGCGCUACUCAAGGAGCCCAGCCUGGACCCCCACACCCAGCCCCUCUGACCUCUUUGCCACCCAGCCAUCCUGCCCCUCUAUUACCCUCUCAGCCCAGUCCAGCUGAUCUCGGAGAUCAAAGGCCUAGCGAGCCUACGAGGCUGGACACGAGAAGCACUGCCAUGUCUCCACAGCACACCAGGAUGACAUCAAGUGUUUAUAAACACCCGGCUUUUAGUCCAAAUCGCCAUCAAACUCAGUUGGUGGGUAGUAACGUGGGAAUACAGGCUCCAAGCGGGCCAUCAGAUGGGCACAAUCCAGCCGUACCUCCUCACUCGCAAGGCCCAGAAAAUUCAACUAUGAGUACUUACGGCAUGGGGAACCCUCCACUUCCACACUACAACCGGGCUAAUAUGAAUAGGUCCAUACCUCCGUCUGCUCACCACCCAUAUCAUAACCAGUCCAUUAAUGCUCUCCACAAUCUUGCUCCCAACACCAACUACCAGCAGCAGCAGGGAGGGUCAACCUACCCCUACCACGUGCCAGGUCAAUCGCACCCUCAUGGUCAUGGCAAUGUGUACCCACCUCAUCAGUAUCAGCAGCAGCAGCAGCGCUACUAUGCCCAACCCCAUCCCCAAACUCAGGCCCAUAACCAAGCCACGGGCAGAGGGGGUUACCCUCCAGAGGAGUGGCAUCGGCCUCAUUAUCAGUCUCACCAGGCAAUGCCACACAAUGCCUACUUACCUGUAGCCAGUGCCAGAGCUAAUGGUCAGCUAAAGGAGAGCAGUGUCUCACCGCUGGGGUCUGAAGGCUCCAGCGGUACAAGUUUGGUUUCCCCAGGCCCAAUGCCAGGAACAGGGACUCAUCCUGGAGGCACAGAGGAAGGGAAGUGUGAAAACCAGCAAGCUGGUGGAGGCAGCAGCAUUAAUGGCAGUCCAGCAAAGCGGCCCCACAAUGAGGGCUCAGAGCAACCUGAAAGCCCAAAAGAAAUCCUGGACCUUGACAGCCAUAAUGCUGCUGCUCAACGCCGUAGCAUGCAGCAUCCACAUGCGUCUGUGGCGCACAUGACGUCCGGUUUUGUGUACGACCCUCGAGCCUUACAUCCAGGAAUGCAGCAAGGUGUGGUCCAUCAUAUGAUGUCCCAGGCCCGUGGAGCUGGAAAUGGAUCCCCUUACGCUGGCCAACCAUACCCUGAUCCACGACACUAUGCUGCUCAAAGACCCCACUCACACCUGAUGGAAGCUCUGCAGCGGCCCCAGCAGCUUCCCUAUUCCCCUGGCCAAACACGCAUGGUCAUGUACAGACACCCCCGACCUGGGGGGCACUUUCAGGGCAUGAUGAUUCAGCAGCGAGGUGUGGGACCAGAACGCUUCAUGCAUCCAGGACAACAGAUGAUGGCUGCUCCAAGCGGCCUUGGCAGUAAACAGGGAUUGUGAUUAAAAGAUGAUGUUGUCAACGAACAUCUGGAUAAACCAGUGAGCCAAACCGCUUCUGAGAAGAAGAGACACUUUUUCCGAAUAUAUUUCCUACUGAUAUUCUGCCACUGUGCAACAGUUUUGUUCAGCAGUGGGAUUAAAAAUCCAGCCAGGCAGCUGGUACUACAAAGUAGAAUUAAAAUGUGAAAUGUUA